AUGACUACCAUUUUCAAAUCACUACUUUCCAGAUCGAGACACAGUCGAGCAUUCCGCAUGAUGAUGUUGCACGAGCUCAAGCCGGUCACAUCAGAGAUACGGACGCAGGCGAGGUUCUAUUCAGAUAGCACCCCCACGCAGAGCAAAUUUGAAACUACAAAGGAGUUCUGGAGAAAAGCUCAUAUUGAGGACUCCAAAGAAUCUGAGAAAGUUUUGAAACUAUUGAGAAAGACUGGAGCCAUUUCUAUUGUUGUGGUGUUUGCUUCAAUAGCUUAUGCUGCCAUAAUGGAGCACACCAACAAGACAGAAGAAGAAGAAGAUGUACGUGCUAUUGAAUACAUACCGAACUUGAAAGAAGACAUAAGGCACAGAAGGUGA